CAGAGGGCGUGAGAGAUCCUCUCUCAGCGCCAGAGCCACUCCUCCUGCGUGCCCACCCCCCUCCCGAGGAAGAGUUUAAACCCCCUCGAUCCGGCCGUAGAAAAAUAAAAGGGGGACCCGACCCCGCGAAGACCCCCGGUGCCAUGGACCCCCUCAGCCGGGUGAGGUCGCCCCUCGCCGGGGAAGCCGCGCAGGCGAGACCGAGGCUGGAGGCCCGCAGACGCCGGGGGGAGACGGGGACCCCCGUGGGGAGAGGGGCUCGGGCAGACGAGGGGACCCCCGUGAGCAAGGGGGUAGAGGAGGGAGCCGCCUCCAUUGCCAUGCAAGUCGUGCUUCCUUUUCUCCUCGCCGGGCUUGGCACGGCCGGAGCCGGUACCGUGUUGGACAACGUGCAGCACUGGGCCGUGUUCCGCGAGCGCUCGGAGUUGUUCAUCCUCGUGCCCGCCCUGCUGGGACUCAAGGGGAACUUGGAGAUGACGCUCGCCUCGCGACUCUCAACGGCAGCGAACAAGGGGGAGAUGGAUGGAUCGGGGCAGCGUCUUCUCAUCACCUCCAACAUUGCUCUCAUCCAGCUGCAGGCCACGGUGGUCGGCCUCCUGGCCGCACUCUCCGCGGUGCUGCUGGGCUGGAUGGGGGGCACCGGGGGAGUGGGGGGCACGGGGGCAGCGGGGGGCUGGGGCCCCUGGCCGGACCCCGCCCGUGUCGCUCACCUCUGCGCCAGCAGCAUGUGCACGGCCUUCACAGCGGCACUCGCACUCGGCCUGCUCACCGUGGCGGUGAUCGUGAGUUCGCGCCGCGCCGGCAUCAACCCGGACAACGUGGCGACCCCUGUGGCGGCCAGCCUCGGUGACCUGGUCACCCUGACCCUCCUCGCGCACACCGCCACCUUUCUACAGCACCACGACGCUGGGCUGCUGCCGGGCGCGGUGUGCCUGGCCGUGGUACUGCUGACGCCGCUGUGGGUGGCGCUGGCCUCUCGCUGUCCCACGACCCACGACGUCCUCUACCACGGCUGGACCCCCGUCGUGGCCGCAGUGGCCAUCAGUAGUGUGGGAGGACUGAUUUUAGACAAAACGGUGUCGAACCCGGGAUACUCAGGGAUGGCCGUCUUCACUCCCAUCAUCAACGGUGUGGGAGGGAACCUGGUGGCCGUGCAAGCGAGUCGCAUUUCAACUCACCUGCACCUGGGCCAUUCACCUGGACUCCCCGCGGGGACCUGGCCCAGCCUCCGAGCCACCUUUUGCGGCCCAGGCGUGAGCUCUUGCUCGGCCCGCGUGCUGCUCUCCCUCGUGGUCCCGGGUCAUGUGACCGUCAUGGCCACCGUGCGGUUCCUGCAGGGGCCCGGCCCCACCCCCUUGGCCUUCAUCCCCCUCUACCUGGGGGCAGCGUUGCUGCAGGUGUGUGUGCUGCUGUGCGUGGCCGCGUGGCUUGUACCCUGGCUCUGGGCUCGUGGCUCGGACCCCGACAGCUGCUCCAUCCCAUACUUGACCGCCCUGGGCGACCUCCUGGGCACGGCGCUUCUCGCCGCCACCUUCCACGCGCUCCACAAUCUCGGCUGGGGGGCCCCCACGCUCUAGCAG